AUGGCGCCUGCUCUCACAGUCCUCCUCCUGGGUUGCUGGCUGGCUCCUCAGAGCAGGGCAUGGGGAGAGUACCCCAAACCCCUCAUCUCUGUGAUCCCCAGUUCGGUGGUGGCACUUGGGGGGAUUAUCACUAUCCGCUGUGAGGGUUUGUACUCAGGCAAGUUGUAUGUGCACAAACCUGGAUGCACAGACCAGCUGCAGCAGGAGGUGUCUGGGGGAAAUGUAGCUAAAUUUCCCAUCACCAACAUGAACUGGGAAGAUGGAGGAAACUACACCUGCAACUAUCACCCUUUAACGGAUAGCAACAGCUUGUUGGAUCUCAGUGACCCUGUGGAGCUGGUGGUGAGAGCUCACUUCCUUCUCUGGGGCAUCACCCUCAGUGAAACUGGGGACCGGGGCAUUGGUAGUAGCACGGAGGGACUGCUCAGUGCAUCCAUCAUGGCACCUGCUCUCACAGUCCUCUUCCUGGGUUGCUGGCUGGCUCCUCAGAGUAGGGUGUGGGGAGCUCAUCGAGAAUACCCCAAGCCCCUCAUCUCUGUGAUCCCCAGCCAGGUGGUGGCACUUGGGGGGAAUAUCACCAUUCACUGUGAGGGUUUGUACCCAGGCAUGAAGUUCUAUCUGUACAAACCUAGAUACACAGACCAGCUGCAGCAGGAGGUGCCUGGGCGGAACGUGUCUGAGUUUCUCAUCACCAAUGUGAGUGGGGAAGAUGGAGGGAGCUACAGCUGCAGCUAUCACCCCAUAACAGAUGAGAACCGCUGGUCAGAUCUCAGUGACCCUGUGAAGCUGGUGGUUGGAGAGCCCAGCCACCCAAAACCCAGCAUCUCCCUGAGCCCCAGCAGCGAGGUGAGCCCAGGGAUACCUGUGACCAUCCAGUGUCGGGGUCCGCAACAAGGGAUGAGGUUUGCUCUGAUCAGAGUGGGAAGCAGUUUCCCACCCCAGGAUGCCAGCGGGUUUCAGGCUGAGUUUGUGAUCCCCAGUGUGAGCACUGAGCACAGCGGGAGCUACAGCUGCUGCUACCACAGCAAAUCUGACCCGUUCACUGUGUCUGAGUCCAGCGACCCUGUGGAGCUGGUGGUGAGAGACAUACCAGAACACUUAUGGAACCAGGCCACCCCCAUUGCCAUCGCUGUGGUGUGUGCCAUCCUCCUCCUCCCCCCCAUCCUCCUUCUCAUGGCCUUCCUCUGCUACAGAAGACUGCUAGAAGGGAAAGGUUGGGCACCAAUAUGGAGCAGGGAUUUGAGGGCUCCAGAGGCCCCAGAGCCUGUCUAUUCUUCUGUCACUGAAGGAAAUCAGGCAGAGACCCUGCUCCAGGACAAGCUCCGUGCUUAUGCUGAUGGCAUCACCUAUGCUGAACUGAACCAUGAAGGUCUGAACAGGAAGGGGAGGAACCCUGCCCCCACCCCUACUGAACCCAUCUUGUACACCAUGGUCAAGCUGACCCAGGGGUCCUUCAGUGGCAGCCCCUCCCCACCCCCACACUCCUAGCAUGGACCCAGAUGGAUUAUCCCAAGAGUGGAGGGGCAGGGAUGUAUCUGCCCAGCGAGGGGGUGACAGCCAUUAACUUGCAAUGGCAGCACCCUAGUGUGGACUCUGCUUCCAGGGAAGAUUUACUGGGAACCACCCAUCUGCCCUUCCCUCACUGUAUCCCCCAUGUCCUUGCCCCAACACAGGCUGGUGUUGGGGAGCCAAACAGGGGAUUCAGUGCAGGGGGAGAGGGGAUGCUCCCAGGCAGCUCUUUACAUUAACUGACAUCCUGCUUCAUCUCUAGAUUUGUUAUCAAUGCUGAACCCCAAGCUCUGACUGGUCCCUACCCCCAAGACAGGAAUGUGUGUUCACCAGGGCAAUGCAGGAUUACUUUGGGGUGGGGCAUAGGGGGCUGCCUAUACUGGGACACCUUACUCAGUGCUGAACUUCUGCUGUUGCAGUAAAUAGCUUCCCAGCAGAGUGGGAUGCACAGUAAUUAUAUGAAGAACUGGUGAUAGUAGAAGUCAUUUGAUGACAAGGAAAGUAGUAAAGCCACAGUGCUGCCCUAUCUGGACCCCAAUGCUUUGUUCUCAUCCAUGGGAUGUGGUGUCAGGAGGGAGGGGACUUCAACUGGGGUGUCAAUGAAAAGCAAGACCAUUUCUGAAGGAGAAGGAAAAAACUCCAGAAACAAAGAGGAAACAGUAAUCCCAGUGCUGUGGUCUGUCUCUGAGUAGAUGGGCAUUGGAGGGGAGGGGGUCUAUCUCUUCACCUGCCUCAGAUUAUAUUGGGAAAACUAGAACUUUGCACUGGGAAGUAGAACAAGAGCAGCUGCACUGCUGGAUGUAGCUAGCAAAGGUUUGCCAUAUGCUCCAGCAGCCUCUGGACAAACCAGCAGCCCCUUGGAGGACCCGGGUGACCUCCUAAAAGUUUCUGGAAGCAUUUUCAUCCAACUCAAAAUGUGUCCGUGGCAAGAGAUGUCUUUUUACUGAAGUCACCUCCAAAUAUUACAUCUAUUGUGCAAUUCCUUGGUUAACUGCAUAAUUAAUUUAGA